UAUAGAAGUCUGUGGAACACACGGCCGGUCGCAUUUGAAAUAUCCUGUACGCGCGCCUGUUUUGUACAAUGGCCGUCACGCAUGCGCGGUGGCGUAUAUGUGUACCGUAGAUUAUAUACGUCUAUCUCUAUGGUGUGUACACGACAUGUAUACAUGCAUACGUGCUCCAAUACUCCGAUUAUACGGGAUUGAAUGACGCGAUGAAUGACAGAAGUCCACCGGAACGCGAUUAGGACUGCGGGAAGCAUGGGAGCGCGAUUCUCUUUCUCGCUGCCCGCGAUGGGUAAUUGUAUCAGGAACAUGCUGAGGAGGCUGCGAAGAAGCCGCACCGCGGAGAAGACCAUCAUUUUGCUCAUUGUGGGACUGGAUAACUCCGGGAAGUCAACGAUACUGAAUCACAUCAGCGGUGAUUCAGAUCAGAAUGUGCUGCCUACAAUAGGAUUCCGGACGGUGUCUCUAAAGCACAAGUCAUAUUCCGUCAAGAUAUACGAUCUCGGGGGCAGCUCCCAGAUUAGACCACUGUGGCCUAAAUAUUACAACGACAUACAUGGUCUUAUAUACGUGGUGGACGCUAGCGAUAUUUCCCGUCUUGCCGAGAAUAAAGUCGUGUUUAACGAAUUAAUCACACACGAGCAUAUCUCGACGAAACCGAUAUUGUUACUCGCCAACAAACAAGAUUUGAAUGGCGCUAUCGACGAGCUGGAUGUGGUUGAAAACCUGGACGUGGAGCGCGCGGCCAACGCCAUGAGAUGUCCGACUAGAGUGGAAACGUGCUCCUGCAUUUACAACAAGGAGCAACCCAAGAGUAGCAUCGCGGGGAUAAGGGAGGGAUAUAAAUGGUUGUUGGAUAUCGUAGUGAAAAAUUAUGCUAUCUUGAACAGCAGAGUCAAACAAUCACAGAAUUGUCAACAUAAAAGUGUGCAACGGACACAAUCUGUUGCGUCAAAUACACCAUCGAAAGUGUCUGUACAUUCUAAUCCCUUUAAACCCAUUAAGGAUCUUUUAGCGGCAAAGGAUGAAGCUUUAAUAAGCGAAUCGUGCAAUGGUAUCAGUGAAAAGAAGAACAUUAUAAAAGUUUUUGCAAAGAGAAACAAGACUGCCCCUCUUCCAACUGAGCCAUCGAUCAUUGAACACGAAAGUUCUUCACAAGAUCUUAAUGUAGAAACUUUCGCUGGAGAGAAGAGUACACAAACUCUGACUACAAUAUUAGAUCCAUUGAAUCUAAGUAUUGAUCAUAAUGAAAGUUAUGCAAAUAGCAAACUAAUCCGUCCAUAUACAGCGCCAGAAAGAUCGGAACGGUUAUCAAAUAAUAUGACGAUAAUCAACAUUCCUGGUCAAGUGCCUCAGUAGCAGCAUCUGUAAUUUUUAUAUUUAAGUUCGAGGACCACAUCUAUGUAUAAUGGCUUCGUUCGCUAUGAAUGAAAAGUUGUAAAUGCUGUAAAAAAUGCAAGUUAUAUUAAGAUAAAAUGAGAUUGUUAUAGCUUUUAGAUAAGUGAUAUCUUGAAUAUUGUUAGUUUUAGUAUCAGCAUUGCCUAGCUUUACAUGUUUUAAAUAUCUUUUGUACGAAAAUGCUUUAUACCAUUGAUUUUCUUUUUUAAACUCUGACAAAACGCGAAAGUAACUUUAUAAAGAUUAAUAAUAUAUGUAUGUAAUAUAAUAAAUGGACUCAACUAAAUAUAUCUAUAAAGAAAAAUAUCCAAUAUUCUUGCCAUGUGACUAAUAUAUUAAAAUAAUUAUAAUGCUUAUAACAUUUAUACAUUAUAUCUUAUCAAUUUAUUGUGUAAAUUUGUAUACAAGUUCGUGUAUAGAAAGAUAUUACAAAUAUAUACGAUACAAAGCACACAAAAUAGCACUAAAGCUAUAUAUAUA